GGCUUGUUCGGUUAUGGAUGAAGUUUGUUAAGGGGGGGUUAUCCUGCUGUUUGUGGAGUUAGUGAAUGUUUGGUGGUUGAAACACAUUGAAACACAGAAUUACUACCGUUUCAACAAAGUCAGCGACAAGGAGCGAAUGAAUGCAGCUUGUUUGUGUAUCAGCUGUGGUUUCUGAGCGUUGCUGUGGUGAAGUGGCGAAGGGAUAAUUUACAGACAUUUUCCGUAACGUUAGAGGUGGUAGCGGCGGCUACGGCUUCGUGGUGUUCCCUCUGUACAGGAGGAAUGUGGGAUUAAUGAGGGCAGUAGUGAAUAUGCUCAUGUGGUGAGCCCUUGUGUCAGUGAGUCACGCAGACAUGGAUAGCUUCCAAAACCUUGAAGAUGAGACGUUUCCCAGCUUCCUCUACAACACUUCUCUGGGCGGUAGUGGCUGUGCUACUCUGGGAAAUGUAACCCUGGGUUCUACUCUUGGGGUGCCCAUGGCUGCUUCCACUGUAGCUAAAAUUAGAGCUACUGCGGACAACAGGUUAACUGAUGUUCAAGCAUCUUACUUAGAUGAUGUUCGUCAUUCGCUGGGCUCUCAAGGCUCAAACAGCGAGAGGGGAAAGUUUGCACUCAGCUUUAAAGAUGAUCUGGAAGAUGCUGGUGAAUUUAUUGCUGCUAAUCGCUUCUCAGAUCUGUUGGUCAAUGUUAAUUUGGAUGAAUCGGAAUGCGUGUCCAGGUCUAAAACUUCUACAGUAAAAUUGGAAGCCCCAGCUCUUCCUGCACGACCUUCUGACUACCCUGAUGAUAUUUCAACUGGACUGUUGACAUUUUCUCACAUUGGAAGCAAAGAAACUGCAGCUGCUCAGGCUACAUUACUUCCUGCAACUAUAGAGGAAGAGAGUCCAGGUAGUGAGGCUCCAGACAGUGAUGGCUUGAGUGGUAGUGUUGCCAGCUUCCUGGAAAAUGAGAAGCUCAUGUCACUUGAAGGCUUAAACAGUGACACCACAGAUGAUGACAUUGACAUAAACCACCUGCCUGAUGAGGAAUUGAAGCUGUACUUUAGCAAAUUGGUUCCACCAUCAAUGCAGAGAGGCCGGGUUGAGGGCCAAGAAAUUCCUGCUGCUGAGCAACCUGGCAGUCAGACUGGUUCAUCACAACUCUGUUUCACUGAACCAAAUACAACUUCCAAAAACCGAAACAACUUCCUUGACAACUAUGAACAGGGAGGAUUUUGCAUGCCUGAUGUGAGAUUGGCUGCAACUGGUAUGGACUCAUGUCCUGCCAGUGAUGAGGAAGACACAGAAGAUGAACUGGAAGCCUCACAGACUCGCUGCAGAGCCAGAUUUCUGUUGCCCAGUACUUCCAGACAACUGGUUGGGGAAAGCCAUCGGCCUCAUUUUAGACCAGGUCUUGAAGGUGGAAGCUCUGAUGAUGAAACUCAGCCUGAUGCACAAUUUCCAGACUCUAGAACCAGCAUUGAACAUCGGCGCUCCGCAGAGGGACAAGUAAUUGACAUACCGAUUACAGGGGAUGGUGGAGGGGGUGAUGGGAGUAGUGGUAGUGAGGAGGAUGGAAAUGAUGGUGGUGUGUCUACAAUCCCAUUAACCACUGGUGUCCAGACUACCUAUGAUGUCCUUCGGGGUUUGGGUAUUGUUGGAGGAAGUGGAUCGGGCGAGGAUGUGCAUCAGCUGCUCUCUCAAAUACCUGGAUUUGGACGACCUGGCAUUACUGGGCAUAGCCAGCAGAUGGGAGACCGUGUGGGCCCGGUUGGUACAGGUGAAGUUGAACCCUCUGCUCAGAGUUCUGGACCUGCGAUUCUUUCUCCAGUUAACUGGAGUAUGAAUCAGGGCAGGCAAGAAGCUUUGGAUGCCAUGGAUAGUUCACACUCUGGUUCAUCUCCAGAUGAACAUUUCAACUCCGUAUACCUUAGGGCUGGUGCUGGCCACCAUUCCCAGGAUGCUGCCUCAGUUGCUGCUAUUCUUCAAGGCACUCAGAGCAGUUUUCAAUUUUCAUUUGUUAAAGACCCUCCUGGAGAAUGUGAGGAAACAUUUGAACCAGGGCAGACUUCCGGGCUUCGUGGAAGUCUUUGUGGGAACCGGGUCAGUUCUUCCAGCAGCAUGGAGCAACCAGGAGAAUUUUUGGAGGCGAAGUACCUCUCUCAAAACAGCCACCAGAAACAGGAUGAGCAUAGUGACAUUUGGAAUCGCUGUCCAAGUGACAUGGGACUGGAGUUUCAAAAUGCCGGUCAUAGUGUUGUCUACCAAAACGAGGAGGGGAAGUGGGUGACUGAUCUUGCCUACUACUCUUCUUUUGAGAAAGAAGUGGGGACAGAUGUGCAAGAAAAUAUCUCUGUCCAGUCGGAGGACUUUGUUGGCGGCAAUCAGGCCAUGGAAAAAAUUAUUGAAGAUCAGAAUGAGUUUGAAAAAGAGCAUCAGUUUAUGCAGGAGGAGAAGAUUGAAGCAGCUAAUGCCAGUAUGGUCCUUAAAGACACCUCAUGGAAAGUUCCUUCUAGUAGUCACAUUCUAAUGCGUGCUUCCCAAGCAUCAACUGAGUUUGAGAAAGGGAACCAAAGUUAUUUGCGCAUUUCUUUAGGGGAGUUUUUUCAGCAGCGGUCUGAGGCUUUGGGCUGUUUAGGGAGCAGUGAAGAGGAUUUUGUUAAAAGGCCCUCUUUUGGCUAUGUCAUAAACUCUCCAGAGAAAAGGGAGCCAUUUGCUCUUCUUCGGCCGUCUGAUUUCUGUUCCAGGGGAAACUCAGUUCAUAGUGAGACAGUCCAACUCAGUGACGCAGACGAGACCAUGAAUCCAGAAGAUUUGGAGAAGACGCUUGAACCUGUAACAGUUGAGCCAGACAGUCAAGCACACCCAGAGACAAGUGGAAAAGAUGUCAAAAAUGAAUUGCCUCUGAAUUCAGCCCACAGUUCCAUGUCAUCAUCAAACUCUGGUAGCAGCCUGUCUCUGAGUAUUAGCACAAUUGCCUCAGCCAUUGCAGAUGCCUCAAUCAGCUCAGACCCAGCCCAACUUGCAGCCAUGAUCAUGGAGUUGUCCAAAAAGAGUCGUUCUAGAAGCAGCCAACAAACUGGACUAUCCACUCAGUUAUCUGGUGCUAAAAUGCUUCCUGGGCAGAGUAACAUUCAGGAUGCUCUGCAGAAAACCUCAUCCCUGGUGGACCUUAGUCUUGAUAUGGAGAAAUACCUGAAGAAAGCCGAAUUGUCUAGCAGCGAUAGUGAUGCCUCCAGCUCACAGUCCUGUCUCGACAUUCUUAGCUUGGCUGACAGUUUGACCCGCUCUCAGAGGCUGGAACAGAGACAUUCUCCCCCUUUGCAAAAUGAAACCAGUGCUCAUACUGAGCAACAUUUAAUUUCCAAACAGUCACGAGAUCAGGUUCCAUCAGAAAUGUCAGCCAAACAAUCUAAUGGCACCAACAAAGCACCAGAAGUUAAAAAGUCAGAUGUAAAAAAAAGUGCCAUUCCACGGCCGAGGGCAAGCAACAUACCCACUGCGACAGCUCACCCAGCCAGAAGGUCAACAGGUACUGGGCAGUCUUUGACAUCUUCGUCAUCUUUAAAACCCAAGCCUUUGCAGAGCGGUUCUGGUACUGGUAGAAGCAAAAGUGAAUGCCACACAGCAGCUACAGCAGUGUGCAGAAGUUCUUCAGAGUCCAAGGUCAAAGUGGGCACAGCUCAAGUACAAGUUUCUGGUACACGUCACUCCCUGAAAAGUAAUGACUCUUUAUCACGCCCGCCUGCUGCUACAAAAACCUCUCCCAGCUUUCGAAGUGGUGGUCGUUCAGGGUUGUCUUCAUUAAAGAGCUCCCCUCACACUCCCCAAACCAAAAGCUGUCUCAGGCAAACAAACACAGAGGAAGUGCGAGCACAGAAGAGUCCACAAGCACCUCAGUCUGUUGGAAAAGACAAACAAGCACUUGUUCGUCAGAAUUCUGAAAAAACUCAAGAUAAAUUUGCCUCACCUGAGCGCACCGGAUGUCGUGUUGUGGACCCAAGUCAUUGCUCCUUCAGACCUUCCACUUCUCCGCUCACCCAUUCAAGCCCGAGCCAGACUUCACUGCCCAGUGCAUAUGAGGAAAUGUCUUCUCCAUCCUCAAGUGGUGGUGUUGGGGAGAGAAGUCCUGGGGCUGAUCCCCUCUCUCCUCAGUCACAGUGUUUCAGUCCAUCCCUCAGCAGACUUACAUACCUCUCUAUUAAUGAAAACACUGUGCUACCAACCCCUGAUCACCACAAUAGAAAUAAUGAGUCGAUGAGUCUGAGCACCACCAUCAUCCGAGCGAGUCCCACCCCACCAUUGGACCAGUUUGAUGCAAGUGAAUCUGUCCACCAGAACCGUAGUGGAGAUAUUGGUGGUUCCUCAAAGAGUCCAUCACGCCAGCAUUGCCAUGCUGGAAACCAAAAGAGCUCAGAUUGUUGUCAAAGUGACUGUGAGUCAGGGACAAGACUGUACAAACAGGGUGACUCGGGCUAUUCCAGCAAUGUAAACAUCCAGCAUCAACCUGGGGCUGGAAUGGAACAGAACAGCCAGCAGGGCCCGAGUAUCUCUGGAACAGGGAGCGAAGCCUUUCUUGGUUCACGAUAUACUGUCCCCUCCUCCUCCCUUUACAAAUCGGAAGACUUGAGAUAUGGCUUGGGCCCUAGCUACAACUCACAGGGGGGUACUUUGCCAGACCUAACCACUGGCAUGCCAACACUUCUUACUGGGCGGUCACUGUUCAGCACCCAGAUGGCUCAACAGUAUCUAAACUCGGAGGGGCCUUUGCAGCCUUCAUCGUAUCAUUUAGGAUCUAUGACUGGCCCGUACGGUGUGCCAUCGUUGAUGACUGGUGCUAAUCCACAAAUGGGGUCCCAUUAUGUGCCUGGACAAACAAACUUGUCAUCGGCCUAUAUGAAUGCUGGUCAACAUCCUCAUCAGUACCCCCUUGGUAAGCCUUAUGGACAGUCGACCUUAGGCCCAUGGGCUUCCAGGGACUUAACUGAUCUCACAACUCAAGUGGUUGUGCCAGAUGAGCUGAAGUUUCCCAAUUCCUGCUGUGUGGGUAUUGCUUGCCAGACAUCCCUCAGCAUAUUUAACCCAUCAGAGCGUUGGCAGCAGGUGGCCAUCUCCAUAGUAAAUCUAUCCAUUGAUGGACAUAAGGUGGACUCCCUUCCAUACCAGUGGUUGAUUGUAAAGAACAAAACUAUUAUUGGACCUAAAAGCACAGAGGAGCAGAAGGUAUUACUGAUUGCUCCCAAAGCUGGCCUGUACCAGUGCACCCUCAGUGUUUCAUCCUGGCCUGCCUCUGCUGAGAGCGAAACUGUGGCACAGGCUGAAGUGUUUGCUAAGAAAGUGGUGCUCGUCGCAGUGGCUGAAAACCCUGCAAUAGAGGUGGAUGUUGGGAAGACUGGCUGUCUGGACUUUGGAAAUUUAGCAGGAGGCAGUGUCAAAGCCCUGCCGCUCAAACUAGUGAACAGGACUCGUGCUACUGUUCCCAUUCGCCUCGUUAUCAGUGCGAAUGCCUCAGCCUGGCAUUGCUUUAGCUUCUCCAAGAGUCCUGUAGCUAUGACUCCAGAUGGUACACAACUAUCAGGUGCAAACCUGAUGCCUGUUUCUGCCCCAUCAGUCAUAAACCAUGUGAUGCAUUCCAGUUAUGGAGAUAAUCCAGACAGCUUCAUGGUGUGGGUUCAUUUUAAUGCACCUCAGAGGUUCAGCACAAACUCUGGUGAAUUGGGUCAACCAGAUGAAUACAGUGCUCGUGUUGAUAUAGAGGUAGACAGCCCUGGACCCAGCCAUGUCAUCCAAAGUGUUGCCCUCAAGGCAAGGUCAGGCACGGCCAGAGUGCAUGCCCCCAAAGACUUGCAGACAGUUUGUCUUCAGUCUUCAGUGGGUCAGACAGCAAGACAGAAUCUGCCCCUGAAGAACGCCGGCAACAUUGAUGUUCAACUCAGACUGAAGUGUAAUGAUGGAGAUGACUGCUUCAUAGUAAAACCAGAGGAGUUCUUCUUACGAACUGGGGAGGAGAAGAGUGUUGUUGUUGCAUACACUGCCCAAGGCAGUCGGAAAUUCUCAGAAAGUGUUUUAACAAUCCUUGUGCUGCCCAGUGGGCCACAGUACGAGGUUGUCCUGAAGGGAGAGGUGAUCCAGGGAAAUUCUGCCAAGGUGUCCUCUACUUUGGGCUCAGUGCCUCACUCUGAGGUGCCACCCAUCCUCUCCAACAAGCAGUUCAUGGCCUGGGGAGGAGUUACCUUGGGCAGGGCUGUACAACAAAAGUUGGUGUUGAGGAACAAUUCACCCACUGCGUCACAGCAACUGCGCCUUCUGAUCAGAGGACAGGACCAGGAUUGCUUCCAGCUGCAGAGUUCUUUUGGCCCUGAUGAGCGGUUGACUCGCAACAGGGAGCUACUCAUCAAACCCAAAGAGGAUAUGACUGUUCAUCUCCUUUUUGCUCCCACACGUGUUGCCUCCAUGCUGGCCAAGCUUGAGAUCAAGCAAUCUGCCUUGCGACCCUCUCAACCUGGUGUCAAAUUCACUAUUCCUCUGUCUGGUUACGGGGGGACGAGUAAUGUCAUUCUGGAAGAAUUGAGGAAGCGGUCUGAUGGCUAUGUGGCCACACUGAGUGGUAUUCAGGCUGGUCAUGUCAGCAAGCUGUGCGUGUGUGUACGCAACACGGGCUCUCGAGCAGCAUUUGUCCGGGCAGUUCCCUACAGUGACCUGGAGAAGCGUACAGUCAUGGAGUCUACGGUUAUCAGCCUGUCACCAUCACAGUUUGUACUGAAGGAAAGAACACAAGAGGUGAUUACAGUGGUGAUGAAGGCCUCACGUAGAGAGCAGGCUCUCUGCCAGUCUAACACUGCGCUUCUUGCCACUGUCUGUCUCUUCUGUGGAGAUGAGGUCUCCCGCCAGCAGUUUAGAAAACUAUUAAGCAUCAAACCUGACGCAGGGAAAAAGGUGUUGUCUGAAAACAGCUUACUCAGGAACAUCUCCUUUGAUGAGCCUUUCCUUGGAGAGGAGCUAGUUCAGGAAUCCUAUGACCUUCCCCAGAGGCCAAAUGAAGGUCAGAUUUUCUAUGGUAACAUGAGUAAGGUCAUGCUUUCACUGUUUGGGACGGUGGAAAUGUCUGAUUCGGGAGAAAGCGACCUUGUCGAUUUUGUCAGACCCUCCCAGCACCAUGCUCUGAACUCGGACAGUGGUUUGGGAACAUCAGAGCGUCAGUUUAGUAACGUCUCCCUGGACGUGCUACCAGUAAAAGGACCACCCCUCUGCAUCUCGGAACCUGUGCUAAAACGGACUGAGCCACCUGUGGACAACACCUGGGGUAUCCAGCCUGAACAGCUGGUCUUGGCUGCACCCACUAUCAAUGGUGCAGCUGAUACCAGACAUGUACAGAUCAUAAACCGCUCCAGUCGGGAGCUGAGCUUUGAGCUGUCUUGGCCUGCCCAUUGCCUGACUAUUACACCUCAACAUGGAGUCAUUGAGCCUCAGAGUCACUUGCAAAUUCUCAUCAGCCCAAAUCCCUCUCUGGCUACCAGAACCUCCAUGCUGCCUUGGAAUGGCCAGAUCUAUGUCCAGUGUGACAAUCAGCAAAAGUUUAUCAGAGUGCAGAUACGUCAGGAUCUGGCUUUGGAUGUGUCUGCCGCUGGCCCACCCUCAGAACAGUCACUGUGCCCACUGCCACCCCAGGCUGAGACACCCACAGGCCCUGGACUUAAAGCCCAGAUCAGCAGCCCUCAGCACCAAGUGUUAAUAAAGGACCGCACUCUUGUCUUUCCCUCCACCCUUUCUGGAGAAUCCUCAGAAUGUUCCCUGGAGAUGGAGAACAGUGGAGAGGAAGUAAGGUGGUACCUUUCAUCCUUUGCUCCUCCAUAUGUCAAGGGUGUAGAUGGCAGUGGAGAUGUUUAUCGUGCUACAUAUUCAGCUUUCAGAUGUGAGCGAGUGUCUGGGAUGCUGGGUGUCAAAGAAAAGAUGCAGGUGCCGUUCACAUUCCUCCCGCGGGACGGGGGAGACUAUGCUCAAUUCUGGGACCUGGAGUGUCACCCAGUGUCCAAACCACAGCACAAGAGCUGCAUCAGGUUCCAGUUGUGUGGAACAGGCAUAAAAGGAGGUGCAGAGCUCAGCCAUAAAGACGAAUGUACGUUAGUGCGCACAGAAACCAAUGUGAAGAGCAAGAAGAGAGUGGAGAAUGCUGGAUCCAAGACUGGUGCGGAGCCCUCCAGGAGAGGAGUGUAUGUUCCUCAGAGCCUCUACACAUUCCCUGCUACACGUGUGGGUGAGGUCAGCACGCUGAAGGUUAACUUCCGUAACAACUCGUCCAGUACGCAUGAGCUGAGAUUCUUAAGCCCCACAGAGCCUUUCUACAUCAAGCAUUCCAAAUAUUCCCUAAGGACACAGCAUUACAUCAACCUGCCAGUGCAGUUCAAGCCAGCAGCUGUAGGCCAGUUCUCCGGUAUGCUUCACGUCCAGACGGAUACAGACGUUAAACUCUCUGUAGAGCUCGCAGGAGAAGCUUUACCUUGAACCAUCUUGAUUUGAGGCUGACUUUUAGUGCUCCGUCCAGUUCGUUAUCAUUGCAGGUUAGUGUGAGGUGUAGUGUGGUAUGAAGGCAAUAUGAUAAACGAAUGUAUAUUAUUGCUGUACUUGCUUUGUUUUGUUUUUUUAACGUUCACAAAGUUCAGGAUAAACAGAGUAAAUCAUAAGCUUUCAUAUUGUAUCACCUACUGUGCCUGAGUGAAAAGCCACUAUCCUAACAAUAGCAUUAGUUAUGCCCCUGGAUUUGUCAGUGUUCUGAUGGAAACCCACAAAAAGACCUUGUAAAGAAACACAGACGAGUACAGUUAUGCUAUAUGUGGGACUAUCAAAUAGAGCAUUUAAAUUCUUUGGCAGUUCAGUCUAUGAAUUUUGAGAACCUUCAUUACUGAUGCAGAGUAUUUUGUCGUACUUUGUCUUAACUUCAACUGUUGAAGAUUGCGCAUUUUGUACAACACUGUAGAUGUAUUUUUGUGUUAUUUAUUUUAAAAUCACUUCUUAAUAAAGUAAAGAAUAAUUAAUUCGAA